AUGAAGAGAAAUGAACGUUUUUCAAACAGACGCAAACAUUCGUUGACUUAUUGGGAAAAGCAUCGAAGUUCAACCGGACGAAUUUAUUACUAUAAUCGAAUAACUGACCAAUCUCAAUGGGAAAUUCCAUCACGACGAGUCAAACGACGAUAUUUCUCGAGACCUUCAAAGUCUCUUGAUAAAAAAGUUCGAUUAAUUGAAACGCCUGCAUCACCACCAGAGAAUGAGAAAAUUCUGUUAGAACAUGUUGAUCCUGUUUUCAUCAUGGAAAACGAUGAAUUAAUACGAUACUAUCGUCCUGAUUUAAUCGAACAUUUAGUUCAUUGUCCUCUGACACAAAUUGAAUAUGAAAGAAGUUAUUUUUCAAGUGAACAAGAUUGUCUUCGAACUUAUGAAUUCCUUUCUUUACGAACAGAUAUCUUUUGUCUUCGUUUUCGAUUUGAAUCGAUUCGUUUUUGUCGAAAUUAA